CGAGCCGGCCCAUCUCCCACCAUGUCCGACGAGGCGUCGGCCACCACUUCCUAUGAGAAGUUUCUAACCCCAGAGGAACCCUUCCCGCUCCUAGGAGCCCCUCGUGGGGUGGGCACCUGCCCCAGCGAGGAAGCCGGCUGCCUGGACAUCAGCGACUUCGGCUGCCAGCUCUCCUCCUGCCAUCGCACGGAUCCGCUCCACCGGUUUCACACCAACAGGUGGAACCUCACUUCUUGUGGGACAAGUGUCGCAAGCUCAGAAUGUAGUGAGGAGCUAUUUUCAUCAGUUUCUGUGGGAGAUCAAGAUGAUUGCUAUUCCCUGUUGGAUGAUCAAGACUUCACUUCUUUUGACCUAUUCCCUGAAGGAAGUGUCUGCAGCGAUGUCUCCUCCUCUAUCAGCACUUACUGGGAUUGGUCAGAUAGUGAAUUUGAGUGGCAGUUACCAGGCAGUGACAUUGCCAGUGGAAGUGAUGUACUUUCUGACGUCAUACCCAGUAUUCCCAGUUCACCUUGCCUGCUUCCUAAAAAGAAAAACAAGCACCGGAAUCUAGAUGAACUUGCUUGGAGUGCGAUGACAAAUGAUGAGCAGGUGGAAUAUAUUGAAUAUCUGAGCCGUAAAGUCAGUACUGAGAUGGGCCUUCGGGAGCAACUUGAUAUUAUUAAAAUCAUUGAUCCUUCUGCUCAGAUCUCCCCUACUGACAGUGAGUUUAUUAUUGAACUUAACUGUCUCACAGAUGAAAAACUGAAGCAGGUCAGAAACUAUAUCAAGGAGCAUAGCCCCCGCCAGCGGCCGGCAAGGGAGGCCUGGAAGAGAAGCAACUUUAGCUGUGCAAGCACCAGCGGCGUGAGCGGUGCCAGCGCCAGCGCCAGCAGCAGCAGUGCCAGCAUGGUCAGUUCUGCAAGCAGCAGUGGUUCCAGUGUCGGAAACUCGGCUUCAAACUCCAGUGCCAACAUGAGUCGAGCACACAGUGACAGCAACCUGUCUGCAAGUGCGGCAGAGCGGAUUCGGGAUUCAAAAAAACGAUCCAAGCAGCGAAAAUUACAGCAGAAGGCCUUCCGCAAGAGGCAGCUGAAGGAGCAGAGGCAGGCCCGGAAGGAGAGGCUUAGUGGGCUCUUCCUUAAUGAAGAGGUACUGUCCUUGAAAGUGACUGAAGAAGACCACGAAGCAGAUGUUGAUGUUUUGAUGUAAUAGAGUGCAUUUAUCAGCAUUCUUCCUAAGCAUUCUUCUGUCCUCCUUGGUUUACAUGUAUCUUGACCAAAAGUUUGGUUACGGUUGUGCUGAUGAUGUAUCAUUCAUAAUUUAGGCCAGUGGUUCUCAGAGGGUAGUCCCAGUACCUGCAGCUUCAGCAUCACCUGAAAAGAUGUUAGAAUUGCAUUUGAACCCCAUCCCAGACCCACAGACAAUGUGGAUUUGGGGCAGCACUGUGUUUUAACCAAUGCCAAGUUAUUCUCGUGCACAUUCUGAUUUAAGAACCACUGGUAAAUGUCUUAACUACUUUAACUUUAUGGUGAUUAAGUGGGCUUUUCAAAGACUAGUACAUUUACAGUUUGGGGGAUUUUAAAGUACAAGUAGUUUAUUUUGUCACUAUAUGUGUAGAGUCCACAAUUCAGUUCCCUUCUUAAUGAUAAGAUUUCUUAGUUUACUUUUUUUUUCAAGAGGGCCAUAGUAUAAUUAUCAGUUCCUAGGGGCAAAUCUUUUUUGAGGUGAGGGUGCGCAUAAGGUAUGCAUUGCUGUUUACAAUAGUGCCUUCAUUAGGUUCAGUUCUAUUUUCAUUAAGUGUUAAUGCAAAGGUAUAAGAAAAGGCCCUAAUCUUUUCCAAUCAGAUGUGUUUUUUGUUUUUCUAUACUUUAUGUCAAGUGAGAAUUAUUUCUGCAAGUAAUAACUACUGAGAAAAUAAUGCUAUACUAGCGGAAUUUUAGACUUAAUGCUGUGUUGAUUAAUUUUCAAAUGAAGACUCCGAUUAAGCAAUGAUACCAAUCAAACUUUCCCAUUGCAUCCUUACAUUUUAGGCUGUCAGAUAAUCUCUAAACUAGAUAAUUUAUCUGUUUUUCUCUAUCAGAAUUAUUUUAUGCAGCACAUCUCCAAUUUUUUAUAUUUGGUUUAACAGCUUACAGGCAUGUGAACAGGUUAAUGUUAAAAAUUGACUGAUAGACCACUUAGAGUUCUACCAAACUUCAGAAACUGCUGUAAGUCUAUAAAGCAGUGGAGUAUAGAAAAUACCUUUGUGGAUUCCUAAUAGGAUUCUAAGUCUAAAUGUGAAAUCAUGGAGUUUCUUUAAUGUUUCAAAGAAUUCAUUAUCAUGAACUUAGAAAUAGUCUUGACUCCUUUUCUUCUUCUCUAAGUCUUUGAGCAUUUACACAGGCUAGAGAAGAUAGAAACCGAGACUACUGACAAUCAAUUUGCUUUCUGAUUUUCAUUUCUAUUAUAGCAUUUAGAAGGCAAACUGAUUGUGUAAUGAAUAUUUUGAAAAGACUAUAUAGAGUUCGGAGGUUAAUAGGGUUUCAAUUGUAUUUAACUUUAGUUCUUCAAAAAGAUUGACAACUUAAAUCUGUUCAUUUUUAGUUGAUAUAAAGGCUUAAAUUUUACUAAAUUAAAAGUGAAGAUUUAAUCCUGGUAUGUUAGCACAUGCCUUUAAUCCUAGCAUUCAGGAAGCUGAGGUGGGGAUUGCAAGUUCAAAGCCAGCCUGGGCUACAUAGUGCUACUAAAGUUUUGUAUACAUUUACAAUUCUUAUUUCAUUUUGCUUCUUUAGAGGGUUAGAGAAUUGAAACCGAGGGUAAAAAUUAGUACCUUGCAGCAUUGCUGAGGUCUGUGGUCUGGCUGUAACUUUUGAGUGCCCACUAAGAUCAGAAUUUAAAAUGCUACUAAAGUAAAAGCAUGAAUAUGUGUGCUUUUGGCUAAAGUCGUAUUUCUGACUUUCCUCCUACCUCCUUUGGUACUCCAGUCUAGUUUAGAGGGACCAAAGAGAUCUUAGGGUUGGGCCCUAGAAUACUUGAUGAAAGGUGUACUCUGUUUUUCCGUCCAAGCACAGAAAUAGAACAAAGAAGAGAAGCAAAUAUAUCUAAACUCUCCGCCUUCCCUUAGCAUUAGCAAAUCCCACAGAGGAAGAAGAAGCUCUUUCUGUUGUCCAACGAAGAUGGGCAUCAUUAAGAUACAGAGCAACAUUUUUUUCAUCACACAGUUGCAAACUAUUUAUUUGUUGAUGAUGCUUAGUAGAAGAAAAUCCAAAACUGGUUCCGGAUAUAAUUUAAGACCAAUUCCUCUAUGCUCCCCAAAAUCAUGUAGUCUUCUUAACUUAGAUUUAACUUAAGUCACUAUUGAAUAAGUUUACCAAAGUGCCAUUGGCAGAUUUUUAAUGUCUGUAAAGGUUUGUGUAUUUAUAGAAAUGUGUCAUGAAAUUUUGUGUAAGUCCAGAUUCACUCUAAAUGGUAGAACCAGAAUAUAAAGUCUAUUUGGAGGAGAUUGAAAACACUACUUUCAUUUAAAAGGAAAAAGUGGAACUACUGGACUUGUUUGUGAUCUAAGAGAUAGAGAUUAAAGCCUUUCUCUUUCCCUCCAAGAUAGAAACUUAUCACAAAAAGACAAAGUUUCUUCUGUCUUUGUUAUUGUGCUGUGGUCUGUUAUCUGUUAGGAUAUUUCAUGUAGAUAAUUCAGAGAGAAUUGUUGAAAUAGGUGGUAAUUUAUUAAAUUUGGUAUCUCUUUGAGGUAUAUUUUAAAACAAAUUCAAGUCAGUAUCUUUUUUUCCUUUUCAAUGGAAAGCCUACUUAAUCAAUUAAAAGGAAAAUCAGGGAAAUGCAAAUCAAAACUGUUGAGAUUCUAUCUUCCUUCAGUCAUAAUGGCUAUAAUCAAGGAAACCAAGAGUAAAUACUAGUGAGAGUAGAGGGUAGGAAGGAAUCUGUUUAUACUGCUGGUGAUAAUAUAAACUGGUUGUACCAGUGGAAAUCAAUAUGAAAGUUCUUUUUUUAAAAAACUACAAAUGGAACUAUAUUGUCAUCCAGCUAUAUCAUCCCUGAGUAUAUGCUCAAAUAAAUGAACUCAGCAUAUGACAGGAAUACUUGUACUUCCAUGUUUAUCACAGUACUGUUCCCAAUAGUCAAUAAAUGGAUGCCUACCAGCAGAUGAAUAAAGAAAAUGUGACAUAUACAUAGAGCAUAGUUGUUUGUAUUCAGCCAUAAAGAAGACUGGAAUUAUGCCAUUUGCAGGAAAAUGGAUAGAUAGAGGUCAUCAUGUUAAAGCAAACAUUGUGGUUUUCUUAUACAUGUGGAAUCUAGAUUUAGUAAAAAGCAACUCAUGAAAUUGGAAGGGGCACUAUUUGGGAAGAGGAAAGGCUCUAGUGAAAAAGGAAAGAGGGGCAAAAGAUGGUGGGUGAAUAUGAUCGAAGUAGAUUGUAGAUAUGUAUGGAUAAAUAAGUGAAUGAAUGAGAAGUCCAGAAUUUGCUCCACUGUACAGAGUUUGUCUUCUGUACAAAACUCAUGGUGGAGUGAAUUAGUCUCCUCUUUGCAGAUUUAUCCAGAGACUUUUUAUUAGGGAUCUUGGAAGAGUAUGUCAGUCCUUAAUACAGCUUUUAAAAGUGUGAACAAUGAGUUAAGCAAAAUGGCAUGUAUUUUUAUACAGUUUUGCAAAUGAUUAAAGGAAGGUGGUGUUCUAGAAUGUAGUAGGUUGUAAAGGGCUAGUUCAUUCUAUCUUGCCAAGAACUUAGAGUAAAAUGAUAGUUUUUCUUCAUUCUGCAGUAGAUAGUGGCAGUUUUGUUGAGUUCCUCUGUUUUUUGGGUAAGUUAGAUAUUGCUGAAUUAAAUCCCAGAAGCUGACUUAUAAAAUAAUGACCUAUAGUGUGCAUAGACAUUUCAUUUUUUGUUUAGCUUUUAAAGGUGGUAAAUUCCCUCAAAAGGAAAAAUUAUAAGAAGUUAUUGUAUAAAGGUAUCCAGAUUCUGAUGAGCUUUAAAAAUUGUAAAAUUUAUUGUAUAUCUUCAUAUUUAAGCCAAAAAUAUUAUUACAUAAACUCUAUAGAUGUCUUGUUUUGGAUUCUCUUAGCAGACUUUUUUUUCAUGGCUUCUCUGUAGCCUCAUGUGCCUUAAAGGUGGUGAAUUUUGUCAUUUUCAUCAAUAUCAGGCUUUUCCAGACUCAAAUAAUCAGAAUGUUAUAAUUUGGUUCAUAUAAUGCUCAUGGGGUUUGGAUAUUAGUAAGCAAAACUUACCAAUCAGUAGUAGUAGAGUAUAAAAUGAAAUAAAAACCUUCAGAUCUUAGACUCAUUUGCUUAAAAUGAGUUGAUUAUUGAAGAGCCUUGCAUUUACGUAACGUUUUAGUUAACCUAUUUUUUCCACUGGGGGAAAAAAGUCUGAGGCCAGGAUACUUUUUACUUCUUUUCUUUCUGAGACAGGGUCUCCCUAUGUACUUCAGUCUAGCCUUGAACUUGCUAUGUUGUCCCGGCUGGUCUGGAACUUGUGAUUGUUUCCCCUUAGCUUCCCUGGUGUUUGGAACCCAGACGUGUCUGGGGAAUAUACCUUUUUAAACUAGGUAACAUAUACCAUGAAAGAGAAUUUUUAGGGUCUGGACAAAAACUCUUCGAGAAGCAAGAUUGUCUAGCAAGGUAUUUUCUUCUCUUAACUUUAGGGAUUCCUAGGAUUCAUCUGUGUGAUCGUCGGGGCACCCUGUCCUCUCUCCUUUAACACAGUACCUCUUAGCACUCUCUCUUCAAUUCUCGAGAAUUGAUGGAGGGUGAAGCCAGUUUGACUUAGCUGAUAGUAUUCUUUUGUGUUCAAUGGUAGUGUGAAUGUUGAAUGCACUGACAUUCAACAUAUUUAAGUUAGAGAUAAAUUCCAUCUCGAAAGGGACCAUUAGGAAAUAAAUAUUUGAGUGUACGUUGCAGUAGGUUUAAACUUGAAUGAAGUGAGAUAAAUUUUAUCUUAAGAUUGAACAUUAUUAAAUAUGUAAGAAGCCUCUCGGGCAUUUUGAGCUAGGCAUUUCUGUCAGUAUAGUAUUUGGAACACAAUCCUUGGAAUAUUUAAAUUUGGUCUCUGAAAAAUAAUUUACGUUCUCUAUGAGACUUAGAAGAAACUCUGACAAUUCUCUAACUGGGUGUUAAGAGUAAGGCAGUUGCAUGCCAUAGCUCAAGAUCCAAGUUGGCUCACUACAAUUAAAUUUCCAUUUCUUAAGUGCUAAAUUUGUUUGCAGCUCCCUGCCCAAUUAUUUUUUGAAUUGAGGUUAUUGAUGUUUCAACCUAGAUCAGAAAAUGGCAAAUUGCAUUUUAAUUUGACGUUCAUGCCAAACUCGGAAAACCCAGUGUGGUCUUUGCUGAUUUCAGUAUGUAGUAGUUUUUCUUUAUUGUCAGGUUUCUUCUGUUACAUCUCUGUGGUGAAUGGAACCUGUGGAAAUCUGUGUUCUUUUUUGUGCUGAUGGAUGGGGUGGGAAGGGGAAGAAUUGCUUAAUUAAUGCAUAUCUGUUUUGACUAUGUCAAGGUAAUUGUAGAAUUAAUGUGUACAGAUGACAAGUACACAGUUAAGAUGCUGAAUUGUCCAGAAGAGCCAUGGCUGUUCUGUGAAGUUGCUUGAUCUUAAACUGAAGCUGACCUCUUGACUUUACAUUGAGAUUUCGGGGAUUUUAUAGAAUGGAGCUGAGAGAAUUUAAUUUCCUGACUGAGUAAUUUAGAUAAAACAUAUUAUCCAUGAAUCUUUGUGUUGGCAAUUUAAUCUGUUACCAAAAGAAAUUAACAAUGAACACAAGUACAUGUGAAACAUUUCACAGAUGGUUAAGAGUUGCAAAUUGUGGAACUCUCACCACUUUUCAAAAAUUAGUUAUGUAGCAUCAGUAUCAUAACCAAAGUAAGUAGGAAGGUGACUGGUUUGGAGAAUCUGCAAGUAGUCUUAAAUAUUGUAAAGUAUCAGAUUGUUAACCAGGACUUUUCCCUGUAUUCCUGAAAAAUAUAUUCUAUAUUAAUGCCCUUUUGUAUAUGCAACAGUCUUCUGUACAUUCUGUACUUACUACAGUGUAUAUAAAACCUGCUUGUUGUUCUCAAAGCUCUGUGAGGGGAUAAUGAUAGUUAUAACACAUUUGGUUUCUAUUUUGAGUUCCUUGCACAUGAAAUAUUUUAGCCCUUAUGUCUAAGCAAGUAUUAUGGUUGUAACUGAAGCUUGCUAUGUGGCAGAACUGUGUUUUGAACCCAAAAAUAUCAGAACAAAAGGAGUCAUUUUGGUCAUUAAGAAUUGUGGUAAUUAUUCCAUCUUAAUUAUCUCUUUUAAAAAACCCACUGCUGCUUACUACUUUAUACUCUGAAUCAGCUCCUCUCCAAGUUCCAUCCCUGAGUAUUUCCCACUAACAGAGAAUUGUCCUCAUCAUUGGUUCAAAGUUUGAUUGGACUCUAUAAACUUUUUUUGUGAGAGUCUCAGUCUCCUAAAAGUCAUGAGCAAAACAUUUUUUUCUGAAGAGGUCAGAUUUCUAGAGAAAUUAUCAUUCACACAGUGAGUGAGAAUUAGGUUGGUUAUUUUGUUGUUGUUGACAAAAACGAUCUAUUUUCUUUAUAUAUUGCUGUUGAAUCUUUUAAAGUUUAAGUUUCCAGAACAGAAAUGUCUAUGAUCAGUUGUAUGUGUAGAUUCAGGUGCCAUUCUGAUUUUUUUUUUUUGUAAGGUUUUGGUUUGUUUUUGUUUUUUGUUUUUUGAUCAACAAUGUUAUUUCUUGCCACUAGAGGGAUGUCUGUGAUUGUUUUCUGCUUUGGAAAAAUCUUAGCUUUUUUUUUUUUUUUUUUUUUUUUUAAGUUUCACAGAUUGGCAUAGACUUAUUCUCAAAAUGUUUUGUGUUAGUAACUAUGUUCAUUUAUUAGUCAAAGGUAGAUUAACUAAGCUUGUUUAAUGAAAAAGGCAGUCUUACCCAUGCUGUCUGUAAUCUUCCAUUUUUAAUAAAUGUUAGAUAAUAAGUAAA